GGACGCCGCCGAGUAAGCAUCGUUAAAGUCACCCCUCCCGCGGUCGUCAUGUCUAAGUCAGAGUCUCCCAAAGAGCCUGAACAGCUGCGGAAGCUCUUCAUCGGAGGUUUGAGCUUUGAAACAACCGAUGAGAGUCUGAGGAGCCAUUUUGAGCAAUGGGGAGCGCUCACAGACUGUGUGGUGAUGAGAGACCCAAACACCAAACGCUCCAGAGGCUUUGGGUUUGUCACCUAUGCCACUGUGGAGGAGGUGGAUGCAGCCAUGAAUGCAAGGCCACACAAGGUGGAUGGAAGAGUUGUGGAACCAAAGAGGGCUGUCUCAAGAGAAGAUUCUCAAAGACCUGGUGCCCACUUAACUGUGAAAAAGAUUUUUGUCGAUGGUAUUAAAGAAGACACUGAAGAGCAUCACCUAAGAGAUUAUUUUGAACAGUAUGGGAAAAUUGAAGUGAUUGAAAUCAUGACUGACCGAGGCAGUGGCAAGAAGAGAGGCUUUGCUUUUGUCACCUUUGAUGACCAUGACUCUGUAGACAAGAUUGUCAUUCAGAAAUACCAUACUGUGAAUGGCCACAACUGUGAAGUAAGGAAAGCCCUAUCUAAGCAAGAGAUGGCUAGUGCUUCAUCCAGUCAAAGAGGUCGAAGUGGUUCUGGAAACUUCGGUGGUGGUCGAGGAGGUGGCUUUGGUGGGAAUGACAACUUUGGUCGUGGAGGAAACUUCAGUGGUCGAGGUGGCUUUGGAGGCAGUCGUGGAGGAGGAGGAUAUGGUGGCAGUGGGGAUGGCUAUAAUGGAUUUGGUAAUGAUGGAAGCAAUUUUGGAGGUGGUGGAAGCUACAACGAUUUUGGCAAUUACAACAAUCAAUCUUCAAAUUUUGGACCCAUGAAAGGAGGGAACUUUGGAGGCAGAAGCUCUGGCCCCUAUGGUGGUAGAGGUCAAUACUUUGCCAAACCACGAAACCAAGGUGGCUAUGGUGGUUCCAGCAGCAGCAGUAGCUAUGGCAGUGGCAGAAGGUUUUAAUUACUGCCAGGAAACAAAGCUUAGCAGGAGAGGAGAGCCAGAGAAGUGACAGGGAAGCUACAGGUUACAACAGAUUUGUGAACUCAGCCAAGCACAGUGGUGGCAGGGCCUAGCUGCUACAAAGAAGACAUGUUUUAGACAAUACUCAUGUGUAUGGGCAAAAAACUCGAGGACUGUAUUUGUGACUAAUUGUAUAACAGGUUAUUUUAGUUUCUGUUCUGUGGAAAGUGUAAAGCAUUCCAACAAAGGGUUUUAAUGUAGAUUUUUUUUUUUUUGCACCCAUGUUGUUGAUUGCUAAAUGUAAUAGUCUGAUCAUGACGCUGAAUAAAUGUGUCUUUUUUUAAAUGUGCUGUGUAAAGUUAGUCUACUCUGAAGCCAUCUUGGUAAAUUACCCCAACAGUAUGAAGUUAGAAUUCCUUCAGGGUGAUGCCAGGUUCCAUUUGAAAUUUAUUUACAACCUGCUUGGGCUCAGUCAGAAGCCAUUGUCUUCAGAAACCUUGGUGUAGUUGAAUUGACAGUUACUGUGUUGGUGAUCUGGAGCUCACCAUUAAAAGAAUCACCCAAGCAGAGUCUGGAGUUUAUUUGGUGAUUAAUGAUUGUUGGCACAUCCUAUGCAAUAUAUCUAAAUUGAAUUAUGGUACCAGAUAAAAUUAUAGAUGGGAAUGAAGCUUGUGUAUCAUCCAUUAUCAUGUGUAAUCAAUAAACGAUUUAAUAUCCUCUUGAAAAAAAAAAAAAA